AUGAAAUGAAAAGGAGUGCCAGAAUGAACAAUGUUCUAGGCCAUGUUUCUCAAACUGUGCUUUCUGUGAUACUAUGGAAUAUUUGUUAAAUACAAUUUGACAUUCGUAAUUGGACUGCUGCAUAUUCGUUAAGAUGGUAAUUUUGUGAAACCCAGUCUUAUCCCAUAUCGUUUACGAGGCGAAAGGUGGAUUCUUGGUUGUGGGUUUUCUGACACCCGUGCACCUGUAUGUCAACGAUCCAACGGUUAAUUUGCAGGAUUCAUAGAUAAAAUGUUGUACAGUAUUGUGACAAGCAACAGUAGUAGCGCCAGUAUAGUAUAAUCAUACACGACAGCUGUUUUAACUUGUUAGCAGAUGAUUAUUGCAUUGAUUGAAAGAGACAAGAAAGACAUGGAUAAUUAAUUAGGAAUAAUGAUUCACGGGUGAUCGUAUGUGAACCAGUAAUGGAUUGGCAUCGGAUCAACUUUGCGUUCCUAAUCACUCUUCUGAUACAGAACAGUAAUUACAUGGUCAGGUGUGUCAUUACAGAUGUACAACUGGUUGGAGGUCCAUCGUCUAAUAAAGGUACAGUAGAGAUCAGGCAAGAUGGCGGCAAUUGGGAGACGACAUGUGGAAUAAAUCUUGACAUUAAUGAUGUCAUGGUCAUUUGCAGACAGUUAGGAUUCACGGGAGCUAGUCUAGCAAUGCAGACCACACCUUUUAGACAGAACUCAACUCCUGACAUUGGAUUAGAUUGUAACGGAGGUGAAGGAAACGUCGCAGCAUGUUCUACAUUAUCACAUGCAUCGGGGUGUUCCCCAGCAGGAGCAGCAUCUUGUCAUGGUGAGGGAUAUCUUGGAUGUUUCAAGGAUAACAAAACUGACAGAGUGUUAUCUAGCAACUUCAAACUUUCUAGUGCAUCGAUAAAUAUUUCAUAUUGCAUCUGGUUUUGUCGACUGUCCAUCACAUCUUACUAUACAUACGCUGGUGUUGGAAAUGGGAAUGAAUGUUAUUGUGGGGUAGCCAGUGAUAACUAUGCGAGACAUGGAGUGGGAGUAGAUUCAGACUGUUCCGUUCCAUGCCAAGGAGACCCAACUGAGAGCUGUGGCGGUAUUGGAUACAUAGCUGUCUUUAGAAGUGAGUUCCAAUAUUAAAAUCAUCAUUUCCUUUAGACAAUGAAGCAUCUAGUCCUAGCUGCCAUGAAAUGACGCACUCGUGAAUAAUGACUUAGUUUUAUUUCCCCUGCAUUCAUAUCAAAAUAUGAUAUUAUACGUGUACAUUACACUCUAAAAACAAUGAGUAACAUUUUACCCAUUAUUGGGUUGAAAGGGGACAAGCAUAUUUGCUGGGUAUUUUUUUUUACCCCAUAUUGGGCUAUUUCAACGCAACAUUGCGUAAUUUUUUUCUGUUUACUCAACCAACAUGCAUGCUCCCAUUUUACCCAAUAUUUGAUAAAACUUUUUUUAGGGUGUAUGAAGUUUAAAUUUCAAUAACAGAUUCAGAUUCAGAUUUAUUUCCAACAGAAAUGACAUAAAUAUUGAUACAAACCAUUUUCAUACAUUUAUAACAAAUAUUUACGAUACAAAUCAUUGUCAUUAUACUUAUAUUCAACAACAUCAAUGAUAAUUAACAUAUAAAGAUGUAUACAAAAUAUGGAACAUUUUGUAGACACAUUAAAAUAAAUAAUUUAAAUAGAAAAAGGUAUCUGUGGGAAUAGGAAAUUCACUCAAAAGCAUAGCUUGUAUAAUGUGAACUUUCCCAAGGGACGGGAAAAGAAGAGAGAGAGAGAGAGACGCAAUGGUUGCUAUUUGCCUACAUAGACUUACUGAACGGAUUAAAAAGAACAAGAUAGCAAACAGAACAAGACAAAACUAAAUAAGCGAU